CUCCACCCCGUCCCCCCUGCCCCUUGCCUUCCCCCCCCCCCUGCCUUGCCCGUCCCUUUGCUCUCUGAUUCAUAGAUUCUUCUCAAAGAUACCUACAGCAAAAAGGAACCAUGGACGAAGUACUCGACGAAGUUGUCCCCACCGAAGAUUUGAAGAAAUAUGAAAAAGUUUACCACGAACAGCUGAACAGUGGAAAUAUUACCCAAAAGGCCCAAUUUGAGUACGCCUGGUGCCUUGUGCGCAGCAAGUACUCAGGUGACAUUCGGAAAGGUCUCAUUCUUCUAGAAGAGUUAUUCCAUACGGAUAAAGAGGAGAGUAAGCGGGACUAUUUAUAUUAUCUUGCCAUUGGAAGUGCAAGGAUAAAGGAGUACAAUAAAGCAUUGCAAUAUGUUCGAGGAUUUCUUCAGAUUGAACCUGGCAACCACCAAGUUCAUGAUUUAGAGGUUGUCAUCAAGAGGCGCAUGGAAAAAGAGGGACUUGUUGGAGUGGCAUUAACGGGUGGUAUUGUUUUGGGAAUUGCUGGAGUUGUUGGCCUUGCCUUUGCACUAGCAAAGAAAUAAAUUCUGUCAUCAAUGAAGAUAAUUUUUACCAUCAAAUUUUACAUGUUUCGAUGAUGUGUUUCCUUUUUAAAAUAAGCAUUUUUUUGUUAUAAUUAAUUUUAGGGGAAAUUUCUUUGUUGAUUUAUAAGGACCUAUAUCAAAAUUUUCUGUGGUAACAAGUACUGUUGACUAUCCUGAAUGGGGGAAAAAAUCAUGUUGACUCUUCAGAAAGAUAAAACCUUGUAUUUUUUUAUUUUCUAUGCUUCUGUAGAACCAGCAUUAAAAAUUUCAUGUUACUUUUUAGGCUGUUCUUUGUACAGUUAAUCGUAAACACUACCAGUUAAAAAAAAAAAACAGAAAAAAAACUGUCAUAUAGAGGGGUGCUGAGGGAAGGCUUUUAAGCACAGGCCUAGAUGUGAUGUAUGCUAGCGCUGAGAUUUGUUUUUAAUCGUAAAAGAAAAAAAAAGUCAAAUUUUGUGAUAAGUUUGCUUUUUUGUGUUGUGUUGAGAUAGCAGCACUGAUAUAUAUUAUGUUUCUGGUGAAAUUUCUGUGUCAGUUAAAUUUGGGAGGAUUCUUAUUGUUUGAAAAACAUUCUGGGCUAAUAAUUUCUAAUAAAACAACGCCUUGGCCCCAUCCAACUAAUUUGAACCCUCUAUUGUUUUGUCGAUUUUUGUGAAUGUUUGUUCUCUUUGUGGUAUGAAGUGAGUUGUAAAGUAUUAUGAGUUGAUAAAGUCCUAGUCUUUCUGUACCAUUACAUUACUUAUUCAGGCAGAUUGCUGUAGAUUGUGAGAUGAUAUGCAAUUAAUCUGAAAAGAUAUGUAUACUAAUUAUUGUCUUAUUUUAUUUUUACCAUUUGCCGGGCUGAGAAAUUGGCAAUAGGGAGAGGUCUGAUGUGAAUAAACUAAUACGUUGUAGAUGUU